AUGUCAGUUGUGAAUGUGUUCACUACCUCUGCGACUACUGAGAAUCUCUCAAGGCAUGAAAUGCUUUUAUGGGUAAACGAUUGCUUGCAAAGUAAUUUUUCUAAAAUCGAACAGCUACACACAGGAGCUGGGUAUUGUCAAUUCACUGAUUUCUUGUUCCCCGGAAGUCUACCUCUCAAGAAAGUUAAAUGGAAUUCCAAUUUGGAGUUGGACUGGUUAGGCAACUGGAAGCUCGUACAAACUUCAUGGAAACAACUGGGAGUUGAGAAAGUUGUACCUGUUGAUAAGUUGAUCAAAGGAAAGUUCCAGGACAAUUUCGAAUUCUUACAAUGGUUCAAAAAGUUCUUCGAUGCUAACUACGAUGGACACGAGUACAACCCUGUUGAAGCUCGAGGAAAUGAAUCUCUUCCUUCUGAGCCAGUAGGUAAACAAACUGUUACUCGAAUGCAACCUCCUACAAGAACAGCUCCCACUGUAAGGCCAGUCCCUGCACGUAACACAUCCACCAAUUCGGUGAACAACGUUGCAAGUCCAAAACCAAGAGCAGCCCCCACUCCUCGUACUGCUGCUGCUCCCGCACUAAAACCUCAAUCCAAUGGUGUUUCUAAGGUUGCUCCACCCAAGACCGCUAGUACAGCUCCAGCACAAACUGCUACACCUUCCGUAGAUGCCAUGCAAAUGAAACAACUUAAAACAGAUCUUGAGGAGGUCAACCGACAGCUAUGGGAAGCUGAUGCAGUGACAGCUAGCUUGGAGAAAGAACGUGACUUCUACUUCAGUAAGCUUCGUCAAAUUGAGGUUUUAUGUCAAGAUAAUGAGACUGUCGGAAAUGUCGAUGUGGGACGACUGCUAGCUAUACUUUAUGAAACCGAAGAAGGGUUUGCACCUCCGGAUGAAGAGGAAGCUUAA